GCGCUGUGGUGCGCCACGGCGGUGGCCAUCGUGUUCAGCAUUUUCCGGUUCUACGUCCGGGUGUUCAUGCUGAGGGCAUAUAGCUACGAUGACCACGUCUAUAGCAUAGCACUGCUUCCACUCAUCAUCUCCACCGCGAUGCUCACAUUCAGCACCUCAUACAACUGGGGCACCGCCUACGACGACUCACCACCCCCGUUCCCCGGCAUGGCCUCCCCGCAGCUCGUUUCCACGAUAGCCCAGGGGGUCCUCGCGCUCGGCUCGGCGCUCGCCAAGGUUUCCGUGGGCAUGUUCCAGCUGCGCUUCGUGACUGCGCGCUGGCAGCGCGCGAGCAUAUACCUGUGGAUGCUGGCCGUGCUGAGCCUCGCGGUGGCGGUCAAUGUCGCGACGUACACGAGCUGCACCCCCGCGGCGUACUUUUGGGACACGACCAUCACUGACGGGACCUGCGCCUUUGAUUUCCUGAGGCUGUUUUUUGGUCUAAUAGUGACCUGGAUCAUCGUCGAUUUCUACUACGCCAUCCUGCCGUGGGUGUACGUGCGACGUCUCAACAUGCCGCACAAGGAAAAGGUCAUUGUGCUGUCGAGCAUGAGUCUGGGAAUCCUGGCGAGUGGCGUAGGCAUCGCAAGAGCUGUCGUCCUCAUGCGUCUAAAACCUAGCGACGACACGAACACCGACAUCCACCCGUUCGUCCUCGACACGAGCGAGUACGCCAUCACCAUGAUCUGCGUGUGCAUCCCCGUGUGCAACCCGCUCUGGAUCAGCUGGGCCCGGAAGCUCUUCUCGUCGUGCUCGCGGAGGAACCGG